GAUCCCCACGCUUGCCCAAAGCCAGCGUAUUUAAAACAGUUACUUAGCAGUAUCGACACCCAAGCGCUGCGAACCCCGAAGAACAAUUGCGUCGACCUUUCCAUCUUCGGCUUGACGCGCUCUGCUCUUGCCGUUCAUCUAGUAGACAAUUGGCAAGUACCGUGAACUUUGGAGGUUCUAGACCGGACUCUAUGGCGCCAAAGGAGCCAGAGGGACCGGGACGCCCGAGUGCAGCGCCGCCGCCCUGCCCGCGCUGCGAGCUGGUCAAGUCGCAGUGCACCAAGACAGUCAUCAACUAUCAAAAGUCGCACCGCAAAAAGGUGGAGGCACUGCGCUCGGAGCUGAAGGCGUCGCGACAGCGCGAGCAGCGGCUGCAGCGCCAGCUGCGUUUCUACAAGGCCACGUUCCGACUGGUGCCCGGCGCGGCCAUCGUCGCGGCCGUGGGGUGGUUCAUCGCGCGCCGCUUGAGACGCAGCCCGGUCGCGGCCGCUAGCGAGGAGGCAGACGCGGGCGCGGCGGCCAAGGCGGGCGAUGGGGGGGCCGGCGCAUCGGCGGAAGCGGCGUCGUCGGCGCAGCCGGAGGAGGCUGCUGUGGCCACUGCAUAGGCGCUAACCCCACAUGCUAUGGCAGCUCUGAGAACGCGGAAUGUAGGAAGCAGCUGCUGAUGGCCGUGGCAAGCGCGGGCCUUGAGGUUUGUGCCAAUGCCAGUUGCAGGGCGGGGGGCGGUGCAGUGGGCGGCGGCGCAGGGCCGGCCGCCGCCGCCUUGGAGGGGCGGCUCGCGUUGUGUCCUCGGCCACACGCCAUGUUGGCAUACGCUCACCACAUCUGUGGCUGCUCUCCUCGCACUAGUUUGGCGUGCCACUCGGCUAAGGGCCAGCCGGCGCUCCUCCAGGCGGCCAGGCAUGCGGCUGGCGGCGUCGCAGCCAGGCGGGCGCGACAGGCGCCCGCAAAGGGAACAGGCGCCCGCAAAGAAAACAGGGCAGGGAUUGGAGAGGCAGCGGGCCUUGCUUGCCUGCACAGCGGCCUGCUAUGCUGUUGGGCCAGCCCCAAAGGCUGCGGCGCCCGGCCUGCAUCCCCCCUGGCUCCAUGGGGGAGCUAGAUCGCUGCUUAGGCCACGUAAACUGAUUACUUUGUGCAAUGAUUUUGGAGUGCAAUAUUGAGAAGAAGUCAUGGCGCAAACUGACGGUGUCGCCGCAUGUGGCUGCGCCCACACAUGCACGUCCGCACCGUGGCCGUGCUGGUUCAGGAGGAAUGCUGUUCAUGGGCUAGGGGGCGCGGCAUGGCUGCCAGUCUGCCACCUUGUAUCCAAGACUGAGAUUGGUAGUGGGAGACGGCGACCUGUGACAGCCCAUGUUGAAGUGCCUUAAGAGAGCACACACAGUAUGUGCGUGUGCGUAUGCGUGUACCGUACGUGUUUAUCAGUAUGUGCUUGUGUUUCAGUUCAGUUCAGUUCAAAUGUUAGCAGGCCGCUGAGCCGAUGCGUGUCAACCUGAAGCAUCCCGUCUUUGUAGCGUCGCAUCCAUGCACAAUACCGUACUACGCUAGGUAGCCGACGGCGGCGCGGGUACACACUACCAGGGGUGUGCGAGUGCGCGUCAUGGGUAUGCGCCCCUGCCCGGCAUUGGUGGUAGCAUCUGUGUUUGGCUAGCCGUCAUUUGGUUGUUCGUGUGGCGGUGCUGCGCGAUGACAGAUACGUCCUGAUACGUAGGACACGAUGACACGCGCAGGCCUUGGUGCCACACAAGGGCGUUUACAUGGGUUCCAGUCCACGGGAAGGCGCGCGUGCAUGUGAUGACUGAUGACAGGCUUGGGCAAAUCUACUCCUUGUGUGCGACCAUCACCCCUUAUGAAUGCGAGAUUACAUGAACGGAAAAUUUGAUCGCACCCACGCAAUGAGCGACCAUCUCCGGCCCAGAGGGAAACCAUCACCUGUUAUUGCAGCUGGUGGCUGUGCGUGAGGCCGCCGCUGCCGCGUUGCCAGAUGUGUCAGUGCUAUGGUCUUGGAGGCAGAGCUCGUGUUGGUGUGGAGGACCGUGACCUAUGAAGUCUGGCUUGGGCAUCAACCAGGGCGUGCGUGCGGCAAGGGAAAUCCCCGGGCGGGGCACCACUGGGGUGGUGUGUCUUGUGUGUGGGGGGGGGGGGGGGGGAGGGGGGGAGAAAGGGAGGGGGUGUAGCAGUGUGUGGGUGGGCGCUUGUCCUGCGCACUGCUGCAGGCGUCUGCAGGCUUGGUUGUGCCCGUUAGGGGCCCCUAUAAGCGUUGCCUGGGUGACAAUCAAACGGUGAAUAGACGCAUGCCGGUUCGCGCUUGGGGGGUUGGAGGCCGAGCCGGGCCUCGUCAGGCCCUUUCUGGGUAGGGACCCAUCUCUGGCCCAACUCUAUUGCAGGUGCCACCCCAGCACAACUGUUUAACACUUUUUGCUUCAACUUCUGCCAAAGCGAUCUCCGAUUACGGCCGAGGUCGCACAGCACAGGAAGCUUUUGCAACUCCCCUUCUGUACUCUUGGCCAGAGAGUGGAAACUAG